GAAUUCCACACAGAGCUGAAGGAGAAUGGAGUUUCCCUCGAGUUGCUGGCUGAAUACUUUCAAAAUCCAGCCAAUUUCGAGAUCGAUCCGAAUACGGACAGCAUACCUGCGGAUCAACCCAGAGCGCACCUGACACCCUCGCGAACGAAAACUGGCACUGUUGAGACGGUACCUCUGACUGACUACACGUCCCUGACUGAGCGAUUGCGCCUGAUGGAAAUAGAGUUGUCGCAGAGCAGAGAGUCUGAGGCGAAUCUGCGGGCACAGGUGGCACAACUGCAUCGGAAAGGCUCCUCCGCUAGCCCAACCUCGCGAAGGUCGAGCGUGGGUAUCACCAAAAGCGCACCGAUGCGCAAGCAAAUUGCAGCUGGAACUACAAAUGCUACCCGAACACUGUCGCGGAGGCGGUCAUUGGCUGGAAAGAGUAGUAAUGUUGUCACAAAUCUACCGCGUGAGCAGAAGCAGGCGAUAACCGCUAUAGUCCACCAGUAUCUGGUACAAUCAGGCAAUAAGGAAACGGCCAAUACAUUUGCCGACGAAGCUGGGGAUCCAGACUUUGACGAUUGGCAAUUGGUGGGACUACCGCACGAACCGCCGCCGCUGCACCUGAUUUUCAAACAGCACUGCAACGCGAAAAACGCCACAAACACACUAACAGCACAAACACGAUCACCGGGCGUACUGGACAUUCUGGUGAAGCCAACAAAUUCAAAAAUCUCAAGUCGGGUUGUGGCUGGCGGUUUCGAAGUUCGGAACCAAACCACUGAUUCAGAUACUCCACGCAAAGACGUAGGCGGCAGAAAAAGUCGGAACUUUCCGGGACCACCGAAAUCAACUGCAUAUAAGGCAGAGCAGGAAAGCAACGAUGAGGGUCUGCCUAUGCGUCGCGUGAAAAGUGAAACCAGGUUCAUGUCUGUGGAGCAAGAACUGACACUUGACAUCGAACACCUCAGAAGGGGCUAUGAGGCAAUGAAACAGACCAACGGACAUCUGCGAGCGCGCAACGAAGAAUUGCAGACGAUGGUCGACCAAGCUAGUUUUGCGGCCGAUGAAGGGUCGGCUUGUGCACGAACUGCGAGUGAAAGGGAGGAAAAAGAUAUGCAUAUGACGCUGGAACGGAUGUACAGCGUAAACACUCUGCGACAACGACCUCUUGCCUAUCGGAAAGCCAUCGAAACCGUCUCAUUGUAUGGGUCCGGAAAGGAUCGACUUUCUCUCGAGGUCAUACACAUCAAGAAGCACAAUGAUGACCCUGUGGAUGUGCUUGGGUGGUGCCUUCCCAAUAUUAUCCCCCAUGUACUGGUCAAGAGGAGAGACGAGCUUAUACCUGCACUCAUAAUAACGAUUCAAAGACACCGCAAGCCCAAGGUGCGAGAUCAGCUCACCAACAUAUUAUUCAAUUUAGUACGGAAGCCCACAGAAAACCAGCGGAGAUGCUGGGAACAGAUCAACCACCCGCAUGCAGAGCGACGGAUAUUAGUCGCGGACACAUGUGGCAAGCUCGCUCGCUUUGUCAAGCCCGAACUUCGGAGCAGUCUGGUGGUGAGCAUUUUGACCCAACUUAUGGAGGAUACCUCCGACAUGGUCCGCCAAUCGGCUGUUAAGAAUUUGGGCCUAGUUGUGACCUAUUUGGAAGGCAAGGACAAGCACAAGAGUCUGACGAAAUUGUUGAUUUUGGCAAUAUUGGACCGGAACGACCGGGUAGUCAGGGCAGCCGAAGCCCUUUACCUGCCCUCGAUGGCUCAGAGUGCGUGUGAAUUGGAUCUAUUGUGUACCAGUUUUCUUCCUACUCUGUAUACAUCAUUGGAGAAUGCGAUGGGGAAAAUGAUUGAAUUAGCGCCCCAGCCCAAUGUCAUGUUCGGCGGCAAUCAAUACAAACAACGGCAAGCCAGGCAACAGCAGACACCCCACAAUCUCGAAGCCGCACGGGAGACUAAGAACGUAUUGAUGCACAUAGAGGCCCUGUGUCUGCUCGUUCCUUUUCUGUACGCAUACCUGCUGCGUGCAUCACCCUUCGGUACACUCGUACAAGACGAGACCGCGCUCGCCCCCACGGGCAGGACCGGUUCGUUCGGUUUUUCGGGUGGUAAAGACGGGCGAGGUGUCAAUGGACAGACGGCUGAGGGUCUGGCGAUGGCGGUGUUGGAAGACGAGGUCUUCAAUGAUGCCCUGGGGGCUGAGCCAUCGUGGCUGGAUGCCAUGGAGGACGAUGAUUUCUGGAAAGAUAUGGAAGCGGUGGAUGAGGACAGAGUUGACAGCGACGAUCAAGACCAGGCCUUAGUUUUGACGCGGAAACCAAGUUUUACGAAACAUGCCGAAAACUUGCUUUUUGCUACCAGUACCUUAUUAGGAAGUGAUAGCAUACAGGCACGAUUGCAGCUCAAAUUGGACGAACAUGUCAGUAGGAGUCAGGUUCACCGACCGGGUGACGAGCUGGCGUAUGUGCGCUUGGAUAUUUUUCACAUGUACAGCCAAUAUGCGUCUAUCUAUACACUGAAGACAUAA